AUGGGUGCUAAAGAUCACAAAGGCGCAGGCGUCAUAUCCAUCGAAUACGAUGAUGCCAAGACACUGCUCGCUCAAGGAUCAUCGGCACUCCAUGAGCACGUGGCUUCCCGAUUGAAGGCGUCCCGUGGCAAAGCACUUCCCCAGAUUGAGGUGCGCUUCAAAGACGUGUCCGUUUCCGCAGAUAUCGCGGUCCAAGACGCGACAAACACGGAGACGCAGCUACCAACGCUGUCGAGCGAGUUGAGGAAGACCGUCAACGGCUUGGUCGCCAAGAAGCACACGGCAACGAAGUGCAUUUUGAAGGGGGUUACCGGAGUCUUCAAGCCAGGUACCAUGACCCUCGUGCUCGGUCAGCCUGAAUCGGGCAAGUCGUCCUUGAUGAAGCUGCUGAGCAGCCGGUUUCCGCUCGACAAGGACAUCAGGAUCGAGGGCGACAUCACAUACAACGGCACACCUGCAAAAGAGCUGCGCCGCCUGUUGCCACAGCUCGUGUCGUACGUCCCGCAACGUGACAAACACUACCCUGAGCUGACAGUGAAGGAGACACUCGAGUUUGCACACGCUGCGUGUGGCGGCAAGUUGUCCGAACGCGACGCGAGUCAGUUAGUAAACGGCACUGCUGCGGAGAAUGCAGAGGCUUUGGAAGCUGCUCGGGCGAUGGCAAAGCAUUACCCGAACGUCGUAAUCCAGCAACUUGGUUUGGAAAAUUGCCAGCACACCAUCGUCGGUGACGCGAUGAUUCGAGGUGUGUCGGGAGGUGAGCGCAAGCGCGUGACAACGGGUGAGAUGGCGUUUGGAAACAAGCACGUGAUGAUGAUGGACGAGAUCAGCACGGGUCUAGACAGUGCCGCGACGUUCGACAUCAUCACGAUGUACCGCAGCCUCACGAAAAGUUUCUGCAAGACAAUGGUGAUCUCGCUUCAGCAGCCAUCGCCCGAAGUGUUUGCGCUGUUCGACAAUGUGAUGCUAUUGAAUGCAGGACACCUCAUUUAUCAUGGGCCAUGUACGGAGGUUCAGGACUACUUCAACAGUCUCGGUUUCAGGUGUCCUCCCACUCGUGAUAUCGCGGACUUUUUGCUGGACCUUGGCACGAGUGAACAGUACCAAUACGAGGCAAAGCUCGAUCGAGAACGUGCACCGAUCCGCGCCCCGAGUGAGUUCGCUCGAGCGUUCGAGCAGUCAUCAAUAUAUGCGCAGACUCUUCAAGAGGUGGACGAGCCUGUACGUACGAAUCUCGUCGAAGACAUGGAAGACGCCAUCGAGAAUCAACCAGAGUUCUCUCAAAGCUUCUGGGAGAGUACGUCGCUGCUUGUAAACCGACAGCUCAUCAACACGCGACGAAAUACUUCAUCCCUCUUUGGACGUCUGCUCGUGAACACCAUGAUCGCCCUGUUGUGCUCGAUUGUCUACUUCCAAUCCGACCUAGCUGAUGUACAAGUGGCAAUGGGUAUCAUGUUUGAGUCGGUGCUGAAUUUGUCUGUCGGUCAGACUGCACAAGUUCCAACAUAUAUGGCAGCAAGAGAAGUGUUUUACAAACAACGACGAGCCAACUUUUACCGGACUGCAUCGUACGUAGUUGCCCAUGCUGUGGAUCAGGCGUUUCCCGUUGUCCUCGAGACGGUCAUCUAUGGAACAAUCAUCUACUGGAUAUGUGGUUUCGUGAGCAGUUUCGAUGGCUUCUUGGUAUAUCUGGUGGUGCUGUGCUUGACGAACCUCGCACUCGCUGCUUUCUUCUUCUUCUUGGCGUCUGCGUCACCGAAUCUCAACAUAGCAGGCCCCUUGUCCAGUGUAGCGGUGGUAUACGUGUGUGUGUUUGCGGGCUACACGAUCACGAAAGACCAUAUUCCGAGCUACCUCAUCUGGCUGUACUGGCUAAACCCCCUUGCGUGGGGAAUACGCGCGCUGGCAGGCAGUCGAUACAACGACUCCCGCUUUGACACGUGCGUGUACGAUGGCAUCGACUACUGUGCAGACUACGGGACGAAGAUGGGGAAGUUCUUGUUGAGUAAUUACGAAGUUCCGUCGGGAGCGUUCUGGUUGUGGGGCGGAAUGGCCUUUAUGAUCGGUACCUACGCUUUCUUCUUGGUCCUGUCUUGUUUCGCACUUGAGUACCAUCGCUUCGAGCGGCCUGAGGUUGCUGUGCUGGCCACUGAUACGAAACCAAAGACUACGGACAACUACGUUGCUAUUGACACACCACGCGGGUCCAAUCGAUGCAACGAGUUGACGGUUUCGGUGAGCCACGUAAGGGACAACUACUUUGUCCCGGUUACCGUGGCGUUCAAAGACCUGUGGUACAGCGUUCCGGAUCCGACGGAUUCCAAGAAGACCCUCGACUUGCUCAAAGGCAUCAGCGGAUAUGCCUUACCUGGCACCAUCACAGCACUUAUGGGGUCUUCGGGGGCUGGCAAGACGACACUCAUGAACGUGAUCGCUGGACGUAUGACUGGUGGCAAGAUCCGCGGACAGGUAUUUGUGAAUGGGCAUCCUGCUUCGGAUCUGACAAUCCGUCGCUGUACGGGCUUCUGUGAGCAAAUGGAUAUCCACGCGGAGUCCGCAACAUUCCGCGAGGCGCUGACAUUCGGUGCGUUUCUGCGCCAGAGUGCCGACGUCCCCGACGAUCGCAAGUACGACUCGGUGACUGAGUGUCUCAGCCUUUUGGAUCUCAAUUCGAUUGCAGACAAAAUCAUACGCGGCAGCUCUGUGGAGCAGAUGAAGCGACUUACGAUCGGCGUGGAGUUGGCAGCACAGCCAAGUGUGCUGUUCCUGGACGAGCCUACAAGUGGUUUGGAUGCUCGCUCGGCAAAGCUGAUCAUGGACGGUGUGCGCAAAGUCGCCGAUACUGGGCGGACUGUUGUGUGUACAAUUCAUCAGCCGUCGGCAGAGGUCUUCGGUCUUUUCGACAGUUUGCUACUACUGAAACGUGGUGGCAAGACUGUCUUUGCGGGUGACUUGGGCGAGAACGCUCAUGAAAUGGUCGCGUACUUCGAGUCGAUCGAUGGCGUAGCGAAGUCGGAGGAAGAGUCGAAUCCGGCGUCAUGGAUGCUUGAAGUGAUCGGUGCUGGUGUCGGCAACAACAAUGGGAGCAAGACUGACUUUGCGGGGAGCUUCCGAGCCAGUCGGCACUACGAGCUUCUGCAGUCAACUUUGGAAUCCGAAGGUAUCUGUCGUCCAUCCGCGUCUGUGCCUGUGCUCCACUUCGAGACGAAGCGCGCUGCGUCCAACCUUACGCAGCUGAAGUUCCUGUUCCAGCGCUUCAGCAACCUCUACUGGCGCACGCCUUCAUUCAAUUUGACACGAUUUGCUGUAUCACUGGUGCUGGGUCUAGGCUACGGGAUCACAUACGCUGGAAGUGAGUACAAAUCGUACUCCAGCGUGAACUCUGGACUCGGAAUGAUGUACUUGGUUGUCCUUUUCAUUGGGUCCACCUCCUUCAACAGUGUGAUUCCAAUAGCGGCGGAAGAGCGUGCCGCCUAUUACCGUGAGAGAGCGUCGCAAACGUACAGUACGUUUUGGUACUUUGUCGGCCUGGGUGUAACGGAGAUCCCGUAUGCCGCCGCCUCUGUGCUGCUGUUCUUGGCCCCGCUUUUUCCCAUGGUAGGGUUUUCUGGACUCGGCCUCUUCUUUACCUGUUGGCUCGUUUUGCUGCUGCAAGUGCUGUACCAAGUUUUCACGGCCGUCGUGCUCGCUUUCUUGCUGCCAAACUUGGAAAGCGCAGAGAUUACUGGCGUGCUCGUGAACAAGGUGGUUUACUUGUUUUCGGGCUUUAGCCCUCCCGCUUCCCGUUUGCCGUCAGCGGCUGUGUGGGUGUACCGUAUCACACCGAUGCGGUUCAGUGUUACAGCCUUCACAAGCGCCGUGUUUGGUGCGUGCAGUGGUGAGGGCGAUCUCGGAUGCACGCAAAUGACCGACACACCCCCAUCAAUAGCUGCGAAUCUCACCGUCGAAGGAUACUUGGAAACCAACUUCUUGAUCAAACACAGCGAAGUGUGGCAAAGCAUCGGCGGGUUGACACUUUCCGUGCUUGUCAUUGGACUGCUGGCGCUUGUAGCGAUGCGCUUCUGUAACUACCAGAAGAAGUAG